AUGAAGGAAUCUACGGAAACCAUUCGGGCAGAAGAGCACUGGCCCAAUUCCCUCCGAGAUGCAGAGGACUUCGCGAAAAAAUGCCCUGAGUGCCAGGAGCAUGAGUUGAUCCCUCCCUGUACGCCAGAAGAGUUGACUUCCAUUGUCUCCCCCUGGCCCUUCACACAAUGGGGACUCGACCUCAUCGGCUCGUUCCCCGUGGGCAGAGGAGGAGUGAAGUUUGUAGUAGUGGCAGUCGACUACUUCACAAAAUGGGUGGAGGCAGAGGCAUUAACAAUGAUCACGGCUCGGGCCAUCAUGAGAUUCCUAUGGAAAUCAGUAGUCUGCCAGUUUGGGAUCCCUGAAUGCUACAUAACGGAUAACAGCAGACAGUUCAAUUGCUCCCAUUUUCAGGAAUGGACAAUCUUGAAACCAUUGAAGGCCCUCCUUGUACCCGUACCCCCAUGUGGCAUCUUGAAUGGCCCAGGUGAGCUGAAUCUCAAACCUGAUCUCCUCCAGGUUCUUGGUGCUGCUUCAAAGUCUGGAGAUCAUGUCGUUCAUGUGCCGUAG